UCCUGCUGCUGCUGCUGCUGCGCCGCCGGGGUUUUUCUCUCUCACACACACACACUCUCACGCGGAGAAGUUGGAGAAGGAGAAGAAGGAGAAGAAGAGGGGAUGCAAGUGCGAUGAUGCAGCUAAAGAGCGGGGAUGCAGCGGCGUAUUACCACAGCGCACAAUACUGCACAAACUACACUUCACCCUCCCUCAGCUACGCCAACAGCAGCCAUUAUCUAACCCGAUUACCAGGCCCAAACAACAUGUUGAAGCCUCCGCUGAGUCUCUUCAGCCAUCCCCAGCAGCCUUUCCAACACAUGGACUCUCUGCACCAGCUGGGACCUCCACCAAUGGCACCUACGCAGCCUCUCGGCCCUCCACCCAUCGCCCCUGCUCAGGCAAUUGGACCUCCGACUAUGGCUCCUCCACAGAAUCUAGGGCCCCCUCCCAUAAAUUCUACUCACACGUUGAGGCCUCCCCACAUCACCCCACCACACAGAUUAGGCCCCCCUCCAAUGGCACCAACUCAGUCUCUGGGUCCCCCACCAAUGCCACACACCCUGGGGCCCCCGCCUGUAGAUCACACACAAGCAAUAGUGCCUCCAAACAUGGACCUCACACAGCCAUUGGGGCCUCCACCUCUGGCCCCUGCACAAGCACUGGUGCACCCACCAGUAGUGGCGCCCAGAUUCCCCCUCCUUCCCAGUCCUCUGUCGUCCCCUCCUGCUCCAGGCUCAGACCCUUCACAGUUGCUACCACCACAUCCUCCGGGACCAACCCUCAUCCAGUCUCCAGUGUCCGGCCUCAUCCCCCUUCAACAUCCAGUUCAGGCAGCUCCAGCCAGCGAGCAGCUCCAAGGCGAGGGCUCUCCACUGGGUAUGGAGGAGCAGGAGGACUCUCUGGGGCUGGAGGAACUGUGCAAACCACUGUACUGUAAACUCUGCAAUGUUACCCUCAACUCUGCUCAGCAAGCACAGGCUCACUACCAGGGGAAGAACCACAGUAAAAAGCUGAGAAACUUCUACGCUGGCAGUCAACAGCCACCGGCCAUUCGGAUCCCAGAAGCCCUCGAUGCGUCUGGUCAGAGCGCCCUCAACUCAGGAUCCAACGACAGUGACGCAGGCAGGCAGGCGCUGUAUAAGGGGGCAACCCGGGUCAUUUUAGCCACAGAGAACGACUAUUGUAAGCUGUGUGACGCCUCCUUCAGUUCACCGGCAGUUGCACAGGCCCAUUACCAGGGCAAGAACCACGCCAAAAAACUGAGACUCGCUGAGGCCCAACAGAACGCCAGCAGCAUCGAAGGUAACAGCGAAGCGGCCCCUAGAAGAAACAGGAAAGACGGCAGUGAGUACAAACUGGUGAAAAACCGUCGCAGCCCACAGCUACCUGCCUCCAUGUCAGGGCCGUAUUACAACCCCAGACCAAGGCAGCGCAUCCCCAGGGACUUGGCCAUGUGCGUGACUCCCAGUGGACAGUUCUACUGCUCCAUGUGCAACUGUGGAGCCGAGCAGGAGACGGACUUCAGGCAGCACCUGGAGAGCAAGCAGCACAAAGCUAAAGUGUCGGAGUUAAGGUACCGCCACGAGAUGGAGAACCUCGGCUACAGCUAAGGAACAUGUGGAAACAGAGAAGCUGCUGGUGGCAAAUACUGUGUUUAGGAGGCAUAAUAUUACAUGAAGGUGUUACUCAAAAACAGCCUCAAGAUUUUACUGUAGCUCAUUUGAUUUAUGGAUCAAAACAAACCUAAACUCAUACAGAGUUAUAAUUUAAUAUGACGUAUCUGUUACGUGCAAGAAAAGGAUAAAUGGACAUGACUCUGGUCAACUUUCUUCAAGGAUUUGGAGUUGCAUUUUGAGAGGAUACGUGUAAAUUUAAAAUGAACUGCAAAUCAAUUUUGA